AGCAAGCACUCAGCAAGCAUUGCAAUGCAACUUGCAUGCCGCGUGCGGGCAGGCGAACAGCAAAUUUUGCUGAGCCGUUCCUCAUUCCCCAAUCUACUCGUCCUCGAGCAGAUUACUUUAAACCUCUUCGUCCCAGGCCGUCUCCGACAACCUAGACAAGCCCCUCUCCAACUAUGGUCUUCUCGCCCAGCACCUACCUCGUUUCGGCCGCGGUCGCCUGUGUGGCGCUGCAGAUGCAGCAAGUGUCUGCUGGAUCGCUCUACUACGGUGCCACAACCGUCACCAAAACCCAGAACGAGAUCUCCGAAAAAUCUCCGCUCUACGGUGGUGAAGUGGAUGAUCAGGACUGUGCCGUCCAGGUGACGAUUGACCCGACGCUGCCCAACAUCACCACCAUUCUGCCCGAACCGGUGGAGUACCCGGAUCUGUUGGCCAACCUGACCACGGCCCCUGCUGAUCCUGUGUUCACCAAGGUGGGUGAGGCUGAUUUGUCGGAGGAGUGCCCCACGAAGGAGGCCGACCUGGAUGCCUACCUGGACUCGAAAGCUCCUUGGACCACCACCGGUACGCCCACCAAGACUGGUAUCGACACCCCCAAGGACUGCGCCACUGGCUGGGAUGAUUCGACAAUCCAGGCGAAGGUUGAGAAGAAACGCCGUCUCGAGGCCAACGGCAACGCCGACAUCGCCAAGCUUGAGGCUUUCUUCGGCACCAAGAUGGAGAUGACGUUGAAGGACCUACCUACCCAGGGAGUCCACACGCCGUCGCCGUGGGCUGGCCCGUACUGGCCUACGUACCAGGACAGCAUCAACGUGGUCUGGAGCCAGGGACAGCCCAGUCCCGCUGAGAAGUAUGCUAAGGCGUUCGGCAAGGACGUGAAGGCCUUCAUGGACGCUGUGUCCAAGAAGAACGGCAUUGACUCGCAGAGUGGCCGUAAGAAGUGCACGUCGAACAACGACUGCUCCACCCUUACGGACGGCAGCGAGUGUGCCAUCCGCGCUGGCAAGACGUCGGGCUACUGCAUUCCCACGUGGUUCGGUAUCUGCCACGCCUGGGCCCCGGCAGCCAUUUUGGAGGCUGAGCCGAACUGCCCCGUUACGUACAACGGUGUGACGUUCCAGCCCAUGGACCUCAAGGCUCUGGUUUCGUCGGUUUACGACGGUGCUCGUGUGGCUACGGUGUUCACAGGUGCCCGCUACAACGGUGGCGACGAAGCAACCGAUGAGUACGGCCGUCACACCAACAACGCCUACCGUGACCUGAACCCUGCCUACUUCCACAUUGCCAACGCUAACAUCCUGGGCAAGCUGAACUCUACUUAUGUUGCCGACGUGACGGCCGGUGCUGAGGUGUGGAACCAGCCCGUGCGUGGCUUCAAGGUGUACGAGCAGACUAAGAUGUCGCUCAAGAAGGCUGCCCAGACCUUCUACGGCCUGCAGAAGUACCCGUGGAACUCUGCUGCCAAGAGCAUCGUGUACGUCAAGUCGCGUCUCUCGUGGAUCUUCGAGACGUACACGGACGGUGGCCUGGUGUCCUCGGGUGAGAUCAACAAGUACACGACCGGCCAGUACUACUACUAUCUUCUGGAGUUGGACUCCGCUGGUGAGAUCAUUGGCGGUGAGUGGGUGUACAACUCUGAUGACGAUCACCCGGACUUCCUGUGGCUGCCCAAGGCGAAGCCUGCUGCCAACACUGUGACCAGCAUCGGUCUGAGUUACGCGGACGUCAGCAUGCUACUGCAGAAGUCGGUGUCCUGCUCGGCUUAAGUAGCGACACCUUACAUAGGGUGUGACUGGUAGAUUUUGGCUGGCCCUCGCUGUUAGCAACGAAAAUGAAAGCAUGUAAGCAUUUAAAGUCAUCGUUAAAGUUCUCUUUUGACUGCUUAUGCCACUAGAGUUGGUACCCCGAUGCAGAUAUUUCC